AUGGGUCUCCUCCAGGAAGUCCUCGCGCAGUUCGACGCGCAAUUCGGCCAGACCAGCCUCUGGAAACUUGUCGGACUUGGAUUCCUCGCCUUCAGCACGCUCGCCAUCCUCCUCAAUGUCCUCUCACAACUUCUCUUCCGUGGCAAGUUGUCCGAUCCGCCACUCGUAUUCCACUGGGUGCCCUUCAUCGGAAGCACCAUCACCUACGGCAUCGACCCAUACAAGUUCUUCUUCUCCUGUCGGGAAAAGUAUGGAGAUGUCUUUACAUUCAUCCUGCUGGGAAAGAAGACGACGGUGUGCUUGGGCACCAAGGGCAAUGAUUUUAUUUUGAAUGGAAAACUGAAGGACGUCAACGCGGAGGAGAUAUACAGCCCGCUGACCACUCCUGUCUUUGGCAAGGAUGUGGUUUAUGAUUGUCCCAAUUCGAAGCUCAUGGAGCAGAAGAAGUUCGUCAAGUACGGCCUCACAACCUCUGCCCUCCAGUCCUACGUGACCUUGAUCGCCGCCGAGACCCGCCAGUUCUUCGACCGCAACAACCCUCAUAAGAAGUUCGCAUCGACCAGCGGCACGAUCGAUCUCCCACCAGCCCUCGCCGAACUUACGAUCUAUACUGCCAGCCGAUCAUUGCAAGGAAAGGAAGUCCGCGAGGGCUUCGACUCGUCUUUCGCGGACCUCUACCACUACCUCGAUAUGGGAUUCACACCGAUCAACUUUAUGCUUCCGUGGGCGCCCCUUCCCCAGAACCGACGCCGCGAUUAUGCGCAGAAGAAGAUGUCCGAGACAUACAUGUCGAUCAUUCAGAAGAGACGAGAGUCCAAAACGGGCGAACAUGAGGAAGACAUGAUCCACAACUUGAUGCAGUGCAAAUACAAGGACGGCAAUGCCAUUCCCGACAAGGAGAUUGCUCAUAUGAUGAUUGCGCUGCUCAUGGCCGGCCAGCACUCUUCAUCUGCGACCGAGUCCUGGAUCACUCUCCGCCUCGCAUCCCGCCCCGACAUCCAAGACGAACUCCUCCAAGAACAAAAGGAUAUGCUCGGUGUGAACGCCGACGGCAGUAUCAAGGAGCUCACAUACGCCAACCUCUCGAAACUCACCCUCCUCAAUCAAGUCGUCAAAGAAACCCUUCGUAUUCACGCUCCAAUCCACUCCAUUCUGCGCAAGGUCAAGUCUCCCAUGCCCAUCGAAGGUACGGCAUACGUCAUUCCAACCACCCACACUCUUCUGGCCGCUCCGGGCACAACGAGCCGCAUGGACGAGCACUUUCCCGACUGCCUCCAUUGGGAGCCGCAUCGAUGGGACGAGAGCCCGUCCGAGAAAUACAAGCACCUGUCCCCGACGACUGCCCUAGGAAGCAUCGCCGAGGAGAAAGAAGACUAUGGCUACGGCCUGGUAAGCAAGGGCGCGGCGUCGCCAUACUUACCCUUUGGUGCGGGACGACACAGAUGUAUCGGCGAGCAAUUCGCGUACGUGCAAUUGCAGACCAUUACAGCGACGAUGGUUCGCGAUUUCAAGUUUUACAAUGUGGAUGGCAGCGACAACGUGGUGGGUACGGAUUACAGCAGUUUGUUCAGCCGGCCGCUGUCGCCGGCAGUAGUAAAGUGGGAGAGGAGGGAGGAGAAGGAGGAGAAGAACUGA